AAUUUUCGUGGUAUGAAAAUGUGAGCUCAUAUCAUCACGGGCUCUUAGUUUUAAAAUAUAUACGGUGGGGUGCCUCAAAAUGUGAGCUCACAUCAUCAGCAGCAUCUUUCAUGUAGCUAUCCUCCAAUUCAGGCCACCAUUAUUAAGGUUCAGUUCAAGUUCUCUCUCUAUCAGGGAGGAACGUAUUGUGUGUGAAUGGUAGUAAGUCAAUCAUGAGUCAGUCGAAAAUCAUACAUAGAGUUGAUAAAUAUGAAGUGGGAAGGACAAUUGGUGAGGGAACAUUUGCCAAAGUUAAGUUUGGAAAGAAUUCCGAGACAGGAGAUCCGGUUGCUCUCAAGAUUCUUGACAAGGAUAAAGUCCUCAAACACAAAAUGGCAGAACAGAUCAAGCGGGAAAUUGCUACGAUGAAGUUGAUAAGUCAUCCAAAUGUUGUUGGCUUGUAUGAGGUCAUGGGAAGCAAGACAAAAAUAUACAUUGUUCUGGAAUUUGUUACUGGAGGAGAGCUUUUCGACAAAAUUGUAAAUCAUGGACGUAUGAAGGAAGGUGAGGCAAGGAAGUAUUUUCAACAACUUAUUAAUGCAGUUGAUUAUUGCCAUAGCAGAGGAGUCUUUCACCGAGACCUUAAGCCGGAAAAUUUAUUGUUGGAUGCUAGGGGUAACCUCAAAGUUUCUGACUUUGGACUGAGUGCUUUGUCACAGCAAGUCAGGGAGGAUGGCUUACUUCAUACAACAUGUGGAACUCCCAACUAUGUUGCUCCAGAGGUUCUAGACGAUCAAGGGUAUGAUGGGUCAACUGCUGAUCUGUGGUCGUGUGGAGUUAUUCUUUUUGUAUUGCUUGCCGGUUACUUGCCUUUUGAUGAUUCUAACAUUGCGAACUUAUAUAAUAAAAUCUCAUCUGCUGAAUUUACUUGCCCUCCUUGGUUCUCAUUUGGUGCCAUGAAGCUUAUUACCAGAAUCUUGGAUCCUAAUCCCAGUACCCGUAUUAGCAUCCCUGAAGUUUUGGAAGAUGAGUGGUUUAAGAAGGGUUAUAAACCGUCUGUUUUUUAUGAGAAUGAAGGUGCAAAUCUCGAUGAUGUUGAAGCUGUUUUUCAGGAUAUUGAAGACCAUCAUGUAACAGAGAAGAAGGAAGAGAAAAAGGAAGAGCAGAAGCCAACUACUAUGAAUGCGUUCGAGUUAAUAUCUAUGUCUAAGGGACUCAACCUCGGGAAUCUGUUUGAUGAGCAGGGAAUCAAAAGAGAAACCAGGUUCACAUCGAAACGCCCUGCCAACGAGAUAAUCAGCAAGAUAGAAGCGGCAGCAAAACCACUUGGCUUCGAUGUUCAUAAAAAGAACUACAAGAUGCGGUUAAAAAACAUAAAAGCAGGAAGAAAAGGAAAUCUAAAUGUUGCAACUGAGGUAUUCCAAGUUGCUCCCUCUGUACAUGUGGUUGAAGUGAGAAAAGCAAAAGGAGACACAUUGGAAUUCCACAAGUUCUAUAAAAAUCUUUCGACUUCCCUUGAUGAUGUUGUAUGGAGAAAUGAAGAUGAGAUGCAAGAAACAAUGUAGAAUCAAGCUUUGAUACAUUCCUGUCUUCCACAUGUAUAUACUACUGUUAUUGUAGUUUCAAUCUUGUUAGUUAUUCAAACUUCAAUAUGUAAAAAGUUUAAAAUGUAUGUACUGUGUUAGUUAUUCAAUCUUGUUCAAGUAAAGAAAAUACUAUAAUCCUCAAAUAAUACAUACAACCAUCGUGAAAUGUCAUUGCCAAAUAAAUAUUGCCAUUCUUAAGUUGUCGUCGUGGCAUUCCAGAUUUGGGGCCUGUUUGGAACCAGCUGGAUCGGCUGGAAGGGCUGAAAAGACUGAAAAUACUGAAACUGCUGAAGUGAAAGUGUUUGGUAAUAUGUUAGUUGGAAUUGUUGAUUGAAUGUAAAAUUACCAUUAAGGGUAUAUGCUUAUUUGUGUUAAAUAUAUGGUGCGCACUUAAGUAGUAAACUAUUUUUGCUUGAUUAGGUAAUUACGGAGUAUAAGACUACUUAAUUAAUUGUUUACUUUUGAAAUUUCAAUCUUCCUCUUAUGUCGAAUUUUAUAUUGUUUAUAUAACUACUUUUCAAAUAAUGCGUAUUUUCGAAUGAGCGAC